AUGAAGGGACACAAAAUUUUAUUUUGUUUUGACAGACAGAAAGAAGCUCUGAAAGAAAAGCUGGAAAACUUCUCUCCGAGUGAUUCAGAUGUAAACCACAUCAAGAUCCUGGUAGCUGGACAAGUUGGAGCAGGAAUGUCCAGCUUUAUCAACUCCAUCGAUAGUGUCUUUCAAGGACGGAUCUCCUCUAGAGCGUUAGUUAGUUCAGCUGCUGGUGACAGUCGUAGUUUCACACAAAAACUCAAAGGAUUCACCAUCAGAAGUGGGGAAAAAUCUUUGCCCUUCGUCUUCAUGGACACAAUGGGUUUACAACCUCCUGCGUUGGCCGGGUCACAAACAGAUGACAUUAUCAAUGCUCUGUUUGGCCAUGUGAAGGACGGCUAUAAAUUCAACCAGGAGCAGGCACUCACUUAUAAGGAUGAACAUUACACCAGUGACCCUACCCUCUCCGAUCAGGCUUUCGGCCUGGUUUAUGUCAUAGCCGCAGAUACAGUCCAAUUCACAGAUGAUCGACUUAUUGACAAGUUGAAGAUCAUCCGCAAGAGAAUCAGUGAUCAGGGGAUUCCUCAAGUGGUUGUCAUGACCAAAGUGGAUAAAGCAUGUCCGCUGGUCAACAAGGAUCUAAGGAAGAUCUACACUAGCAAGAAGAUCAAAGAGAAGAUGGAGUUGUGCAGCGCCAAAAUGGGUGUACCAUUGUCAAACAUCUUCCCAGUGAAGAACUACCAUGAGGAGAUUGACACAGACGAUGACAUUGAUGUUCUGAUACUAAAGGCACUUGAACAGAUUGUUCAGAUUGCAGAUGAUAGAUUGUUGGACAGGGAAAUCUACUGACAAAAUCACAUAUAUACAGUUAUUAAUGCAUAUAAAUCACAUCACAAAAUCACAACAUAACGUGCGAAUGCAUUUGGAGUGGGUCAUUCUUUGAAUUUUAGGAAGAUCAUGGAUUAAAAUGACUAUAAAGAGGAUUAUGUUUUGUGUUUAGUUUUACAAAUAUAUCUACAGUCGGGUUCAAAGUCAAUGAAAAUCUGGGAUUCAAAAUCUCAUGUAAAGCUGAAAAUUAAUAGAAAGAUUCAGAAUUUGAAAAUUGUUUGUUAUGAUGAUCAAUAUGAUUUCUGUGUGAACUAUCCCUUUAAGCUAGCCAUUCCUGCAUCACAUUGAAUACUCAACUGCUAACUUAAGUUAUUGUAUUAUUCUCUGGUAUUUUAAUAUCUCAUCUAUAUGAACUGAAGGAACGUGCAAAAUCAAGUCAGAUUUAGAGGAACAACAAGCGGAAAUGCAGGAAAAUUACUGUUUUCAGUAACUGUUUUUCAAUCAUUUUCUUAUCCCAAUUUUUAUUUAUUUAUUUAUUUAUUUAUUUAUUUUGCGGUAGUGCAUUCUCCUCUGUUUGUCCCGUCUGUCUUGUCAUUGUUUGUGUUGUGCUUGAGCACAUGGCUCUGUCUAUGUUUGUGUUGGCCAUGUGCUCCUCUCGUCCCGCCUCCUUGUUUCCAAUUACCACGCCCUCGUUUAGUCCUUGUCACCUGUUCCUCAUGGUCUCAUCUCCCUUUAUAUUGUGCUCUCUUUCCUUCAUGUUUUGCCAGUUCGUUAAACACUGUGUCACUGUGGUGCUCUGUGUUACCUAGUACUUUUCUUGUUGUAGUUAUAUGUUUUAUGGUAUUUAUUAAAGUUACUUGUUUAGAAUGAAAAAAAAAAAAAAAAAAAAAAAAAUAGAUAGUCUUGUCCUGUCCAGCCUUUUGUCUUAAUGUAUACUAUCUAUUAUUUUGUGUCUUCAGCUUUUACUUUAGUUCUUAAUUUACUUGAGUUGGUUUUCAUUUAUUUUACUUUAGUAAUUAGUCUUUAUUAUUUUACUAGUUCUCUAAUUUAUUCCUAGCUUUAAUUUUCUGUCUUCUCUUUAUUAAGCUUACUACUUUAGUAGUAGUUCUAGUCUUUGCUUCGCAUUGGUUUCUGCUAUCAGU